GUGCUUUACUUUGUUCUGAAUUCUUCUUCCUCUUUCUCUGUUGGCUUCUUCUUCACCUUUUUUACCCUCCUAUUAUUCCCAUAAAUAUUCCCUGCCUUUUCUUUUCUUUGUUUUUCAGUGGAAGUAUUUCUUUGAUUCUCAGUGGAGUGUUUGAAGCUCUGGAAAAAUGGCUGCAGAUAUCAGCCACCCUCCCAUGGAGCAGCUACAGGACCUUGAAUACUGCAUAGACUCCAAUCCUCCAUGGCCUGAAACUAUCUUGUUGGCAUUUCAAAACUACAUAUUAGUCAUUGGCACAAGUGUAAUGAUCCCCACAGCCCUUGUUCCCUUGAUGGGAGGAUCUGAUGGAGAUAAAGCACGAGUGAUACAAACUUUACUUUUUGUAGCUGGCAUUAACACACUUCUCCAAGCACUCUUUGGAACUAGGCUACCUGCUAUAGUGGGAGGCUCUUUUGCCUACGUCAUCCCAGUAAUCUAUAUCAUCAGCGACUCAUCUCUGCAGCGAAUCGAAGAGCCACAUGCAAGAUUUAUACAAACUAUGCGAGCUAUUCAAGGGGCUCUAAUUGUUGCUGCUAGCAUACAAAUAAUACUGGGGUAUAGUCAAGUUUGGGGACUCUUUUCACGAUUUUUCAGUCCCCUUGGCAUGGCACCAGUGGUUGGAUUGGUUGGUCUUGGAUUAUUUCAGCGAGGGUUUCCUGUGCUUGGGAAUUGUGUUGAAAUUGGUCUCCCAAUGCUAUUGCUGGUUAUUGGCCUGUCACAAUAUCUAAAGCAUGUUAAACCCCUGAGAGAUUACCCCAUUUUCGAAAGGUUUCCUGUGUUGAUAUGUGUCACAAUUAUCUGGAUAUACUCCAUCAUUCUAACUGCUAGUGGAGCUUAUCGAGGCAAACCAGCUAAGACUCAAUAUAGCUGCCGUACAGACAAAGCAGAUCUGAUAUCUACUGCUCCCUGGUUCAAGUUCCCAUAUCCUCUGCAGUGGGGCCCACCUACUUUUGCAGCUGGUCAUUCAUUUGCUAUGAUGUCUGCUGUUCUUGUGUCAAUGGUUGAGUCAACUGGGGCCUAUAAGGCAGCAUCUCGUCUGGCAAUAGCUACUCCACCACCAGCCUAUGUACUUAGCCGCGGCAUUGGUUGGCAGGGUAUAGGGGUUUUGCUGGAUGGUCUUUUUGGGACAGGCACCGGAUCUACUGUGUCUGUGGAGAACGUAGGACUCCUUGGGCUCACUCGAGUUGGAAGUCGAAGAGUUGUUCAAAUUUCUGCAGGCUUCAUGAUAUUCUUCUCCGUCUUAGGAAAGUUUGGGGCUGUUUUUGCAUCCAUACCUUUCCCCAUAUACGCUGCAUUGUACUGUGUUCUAUUUGGACUCGUAGGUUCAGUUGGUUUAUCAUUUCUGCAGUUCACUAACAUGAAUUCUAUGAGGAAUCUCUUUAUAACGGGUCUUUCACUAUUUCUUGGGAUAUCAAUCCCGCAAUUCUUUGGUGAAUAUUGGGGUGCUAAUCGUCAUGGCCUUGUUCAGACAAAUGCUGGAUGGUUCAAUGCAUUCUUGAACACAAUAUUUGCUUCGCCACCAACAGUAGCACUGAUCAUUGCUGUAUUUCUUGAUAACACAUUAGACGUGGAGAAAUCAAAGAAAGAUCGCGGUAUGCCGUGGUGGGUGAAAUUCAGAACUUUUAGAGGUGAUAAUAGGAAUGAAGAAUUCUACACUUUGCCAUUUAAUCUCAACAGAUUCUUUCCACCUACGUAGCCAAGCUCGUCCUAACUAGCUUGCAGUUUAAAAAAAAAAAAGAAAGAAAAAAAGGUUUAUCCAAUCUUUAGGGUAAAGGUUAGUUCAUAUUUCAUUUCCCAGAUCAGUUAACCCGAUAGAUUAGAUUUCCUUGAAGCUAAAUUCUAGAGUUAUUUAGCAAAGCUGAUUUUGUUUCUUUCAACAAUUAUCCAAUUUUUUGUGGGCAUUUCUAGCAGCAAGGCCCCUAGUAGGAGCGCAAAGCUUGUAAUGAAAGCUUUUGUAGUUAUUGGACGUUGAUGAAUAAUAAAUUUUUCUCUUAUCUAUCUCA